GUGCCUACGGGACCUCGCGGUCCCCGGCUUCUCCGGCUGGCUAGGUUAACCCUCGACCUCCCGACCUCGCCCAUGGCGCUCAUGGGCGCCCCAGUGUCUAGAUUCCAGUCCAGGUGGCUGCUCAGGAAAGAACAUAAAAAAGCAGCAGUGUGAAGCUGUUGUGGGGGCGCAGUGUGGCAAUGCAGUGUUGCGAGGAGCCCAGGUGUAUGUUCCAGGAAUUGUGUCAGCUUCGAGCUGUAAGUACUGUAAGUUAUGAAAGCUGGAGAUGUUAUUUCUGUGUACUCCGAUAUUAAAGGGAAAUGUAAGAAAGGAGCCAGAGAGUUUGAUGGAACAAAAGUGUUUCUUGGAAAUGGAAUUUCUGCACGAAGCCGCAAAGAAAUCUUCAGUGGCCUAUGCGAACUGAAAAUUUACCAUCUGCUGUAGUAACUCACGUUCUACAUCCUCAGCCCGGAGAGAGGGUUCUAGAUUUGUGUGCAGCACCUGGAGGUAAAGCAACACAUAUUGCAGCACUGAUGCACGAUCAGGGAGAAGUAAUAGCACUGGAUAAAAUACCCAACAAAGUGGAAAAAAUAAAGCAGAAUGCUUUGUUGUUAGGACUGAAUUCCAUCAAAGCAUUUUGCUUUGAUGGAACAAAGGCACUUAAACAUGAUAUGACUGAGGACACACAAGAAGGACCUCCAUUCUCACCAGAAUCUUUUGACCGAAUUCUCCUUGAUGCACCCUGCAGUGGAAUGGGACAGAGACCAAACAUGGCUUGUACUUGGACUUUGAAGGAAGUGAUGUCAUAUCAGCCACUACAGCGAAAACUCUUUUCUGUGGGUGGUCAGGAGGAAGGCUGCUGUAAGGGGACAUGGAGCAAAGGUGACCUGCGAAAGGAGUACGCAGUGUGGAGAAGGAGUGUCCCAGAGUUCCAGCCGGGCGAAAGAUCCCGAGGUGGGGCGAGCCUUGCCGAGUUCCAGAGACAGCCGGAGGCCAGUGGCUCUAAAGCAGGACACGAGGCAGCCCAGCUGCUGAAGCCAGGAGGCAUGCUCGUUUAUAGCACGUGCACUAUCACCCUGGCAGAAAAUGAAGAGCAGGUUGCCUGGGCCCUCAGCACAUUUCCUUGCCUCCAGCUUCAGCCCCAGGAGCCACGGAUUGGAGAAGAAGGGAUGAUGGGAGCUGGCUUAUCACUUGAACAGUUGAGACAGCUGCAGCGAUUCGAUCCAUCUGCUGUGCCAUUACAGGACCCUGACCAGGAUGCUCUUAGAGAUGCCACAGCAGAAGACAUGAUCCGGCUGGCAAAUAAGGAUUGUAUAGGUUUUUUUAUUGCAAAAUUUCUAAAAUGGAAAAGCACAUCAGAGAAGGAUCCUCAGAAAUGAAAAUUCCACAUCCUUGCUUUCUGUUCUAUUCCCCUCAUAUCUCUUAAACCAGAGUGACAUCAGGCCACCUAAGGAUAGUAUGGUUGCCAAGGAAACAGGAGAUGGCCGGUGGUUUCACCAGGACUGCCAGUGGUUUCAUCAAGACAGAGAAUUGUGUGUAUGGGUGGGGGUUGUGAAAUUAUGUUCUGGAUUGAAAAAAUGUUUUCUAGGAUUCAGUAGUGUAUAAAGCAAAGGAGCUACUUAUGGAUGCCUGUAACAUUUUCAUUUGGGGUCUUGUUUUAAUUAAUAAAGAAUAAUACUAAAAAUUAGUAUUUAA